AUGUUGUUGGCAGCAUUUGUAAGCUUUCAAAGUGUUUUAGACUUUAAGAUAAAUGUUAUUGUUAUUUUUAACAUGUGGUUGUUGUUUGUACUGAAAGAAGUAACAAUAAACAGAUAUAAUGUUUGGUUAAUGUUAUUGAACGCAUGUAUUACAUUUAUUGGCUUUCCAGCGCCAGCUUUAACUGUAACCAAAUCGAUUAAAGACUUCUUUAAAAUAAAAUGCCAAAAUUACAGCGUUGUACUGCCAAACGGAGUUUGUAUGCAACAGUUGCGAAAUUACAAGACAAAUCAAUCAAUAUACCAAGGAAGAUAUUCCAAUCAAGACAUGCAAUGGUCUACCUUACUUUUGCAUUAUUUUAAAAGAAAAAAGGGCAGAGUUUACGCACACAGAAUGCUUGACUUAAUAUUUGAGCACGACAGGUACUAAUUUUGGCGCCUAAUUUUGGAAUCCUUGUAAACCUGGUUUUCGCUGAUGUAAGUAUAAUGUAAAGUGUAAUGCUUAUUUAAAGCAGCUGCAACUUCUACUGUUAUGUUUGAAAUUUUUAUACUUUCGAUCAGGCACCGGAUCAUU